GGGCUCUGCCCUGUUUCCCCUUCAGCCCUCCCAGUUUGCCAGUGGGACACCACACUCAGCUGGUGUCUCUUACAAGGAUGAUCAGCUUCAAUCUCCAGCCCAUGGCCAAGCUGUGAGCAUGGGGAUGCCAGGUUGUCUCCGUCCCUCACCCAGCUACCCCUGGGGCAGAAACCGUCCCACCUGCACUAGGGCCAAGAGUGCAGGGAUCCUCCUCCUGAUGGCUUGCCUUUGGGGCUUUGCAAGCUCAGCUCCUCCACACCCACUUCAGGUUCGCCUGGUGAAUGGCCCCAGCAACUGCUCGGGGCGAAUCGAGGUGCUCCACAAUGAGACGUGGGGGACAGUGUGUGACGACAGCUGGGGCUUCUCUGAGGGCCAGGUGGUGUGCAGGCAGCUGGGCUGCGGGGCAGUACUGUCCAUCUCGCAUGGGGCUCGGUACGGAGAAGGCACAGGCCAAAUCUGGCUGGAUGAGGUGAACUGCACGGGGACAGAAGCUGACCUUUCUGAAUGCCAGGCCAGGCCAUGGGGAGAGCACAACUGUCACCAUGUGGAAGAUGCCAGUGUUGAGUGCUCAGACUCAAGUAUUUCAGAGCUGGGUCUGCUCCAACUGCUGAAUGGCCCCAAUCGCUGUGCUGGGAGAGUGGAGGUGCUGCAUAACCAUAUGUGGGGCACCAUUUGUGAUGACGGCUGGGACCUCGCAGAUGCAGCGGUGGUGUGCAGGCAGCUAGGCUGCGGGACCGCACUUUCAGCCACGAGUGGGGCUCACUUUGGGAGAGGCCAUGAUACCAUCUGGCUGGAUGAGGUGAACUGCACUGGCACAGAAGCCACCAUCUUUGAAUGCAAAGCCAGUGCUUGGGGAGACAACAACUGCUUCCAUGGAGAAGAUGCUGGAGUGGUAUGUUCAGCCUCAAAGGUGUUUGUCACAGCCCAGGUUCGUCUCAUGAAUGGUUCAAGUCACUGCGAUGGAAGGGUCGAGGUCUUUCACAAUGACACCUGGGUAGCUGUGUGUGAUGAUGGCUGGGAUUUCGCUGAGGCUCGAGUUGUGUGCAGGCAGCUGGGCUGUGGGACAGCGCUUGCAGCUCCAGGCAGGUCCCAUUUUGGAGAAGGACCUGGACAAAUGUGGCCAGACAGUGUGAACUGCAUGGGCACUGAAACUGCCCUCACUGCAUGCCAGAUGAGACCUUGGGAAAACAACACUUGUCAUCGUGGAAGAGUGGCUGGCGUGGUGUGUUCAGUUAACCCAGGUGACAAUCAGAUCCGACUAGUGAAUUAUGGGAGUCGCUGUGCCGGCAGAGUUGAGGUGUUUCAUAACAAUCAUUGGGGAACUGUAUGUGAUGACGGCUGGGAUUUACUGGACGCUAGCGUCGGGUGCAGGCAGCCGGACUGGGGCAUGGCACUCUCAGCCCCGGGAGGGGCCCAGUUUGGGCGAGGCACCAACGUCAUUUGGCUGGAUGAGACAAACUGCACAGGAUUCGAGACCACCCUGUCUGACUGCAAAGCAAAACCAUGGGGAAUAAAUAAUUGCUACCAUGGGGAAGAUGCUGGUGUGGUGUGCUCAGAUUCUAUCAUUCCAGAGACUGCUCAUCUCCGACUGACAAAUGGCUCGAAUCACUGUGCUGGCAGAGUUGAGGUGUUUCACAACGACGAGUGGGGAACUGUGUGUGACCAUGGAUGGGAUAAAAGAGAUGCUGAGGUCGUAUGUCGGCAGCUGGGCUGUGGGACAGUGCUGUCCACUUCGAGUGCAGCUCACUUCAAUGCAGGACCUCUCCGUACUUGGCUGGACAACAUGAGCUGCACGGGGACAGAAACAGCCCUUAAUAAAUGCAGGGCAAGGCCAUGGGGAGAAAGUAGCUGCAGUCAUGGAAAAUAUGCCACUGUGGUGUGUUCAGGCUCAGCUGUUUCUAGCUUUUCUCCAGUCCGGCUGGUGGAUGGCCCAGGUCGCUGCGCUGGGAGAGUCGAAGUGCUUCAUGACAAGCAGUGGGGAACUGUGUGUGAUGACAGCUGGGACUUCCUGGAUGCUAGAGUGGUGUGCAGGCAGCUUGACUGUGGAGUAGUGAUAUCGGCUCCCUGGAGGGCUCACUUUGGUCAGGGACAGGGCCCCAUCUGGCUGAAUGAGGUGAACUGCACAGGGACAGAAGCUGCCCUCUCUGAAUGCAAAGCCAAGGACUGGGGAUUCCAUGGCUGUGAGCUUGGAGAAGAUGCCAGUGUGGUAUGCUCAGGAUCAGGCAUUUCUGACCUAGCAAGUCUCCGCUUGGUGAACGGCUCAACUGAAUGCGCUGGGAGAGUUGAAGUGUUUCAUGACCAGCGCUGGGGAGCUGUGUGUGGCGAUGGCUGGGACCUGGCUGAAGGCCAUGUGGUGUGCAGGCAGCUGGGCUGUGGGCCAGCCCGCUCAGUCACUCACUCUUUUCAGUUUGGAGAAGGACCUUCCCUGAUCUGGGUGGAUGCUGUGGAGUGCACAGGACUGGAAGGUGCCCUCUUCGAAUGCAAAGUCAAACUCUGGGGUGCCCAGAGCUGCAAGUCUAACAGAUACGCGAGUGUUACGUGCUCUAUGGCUGCAGACUCAGAGUUGGGGAGCUCAGAAGUCCUGCGACUGGUGAAUGGCCCACAUAGCUGUUCCGGGAGGGUUGAGGUGUUUCACAACCAGCAGUGGGGGACCGUAUGUGAUGACAGCUGGGAUCUGAAUGAUGCCAAGGUGGUGUGCAAGCAGCUGGACUGUGGGACGGCUAUAUCAGCCCCAGGUUCAUCUCUAUUUGGGCAAGGAUCUGGACCCAUCUGGCUGGAUGGAGUGAGUUGUCUUGGGACAGAAGCUACCCUCUCUGAAUGCCCAGCCAAGCCUUUGGGCCAACAUGGAUGCAACCAUGUGGAAGAUGCCAGUGUUACGUGUUCAGGAUCAGGAAUUUCCAGUAUUCCCAAGCUUCGGCUGGUGGAUGGUUUGAAUGAAUGUGCUGGGAGAGUCGAGGUGUUUUAUAACCAUGAGUGGGGGACGGUCUGUGAUGAUAGCUGGGAUAUGAAUGAUGCCAUGGUGGUGUGUCGGCAGCUGGGCUGUGGGAUGGCACUCUCAGCUCCAGGUUCAGCUCGUUUUGGAUGGGGAUCCAAUCGUAUCUGGCUGGAUGAUGUGAGCUGCACGGGGACAGAAACUGACUUCUCUGAAUGCAAAGCAAAGUCUUGGGGCAUCCACAAUUGCCACCACGGAGAAGAUGCAGGUGUGGUGUGCUCAGGAAACAUGAGUUCAGGUGAUCUGCGGCUAGUGAACGGCCCGAAUCGCUGCGCUGGGAGAGUCGAGGUGCUUCACAACCAGCAGUGGGGGACCGUGUGUGAUGACGGCUGGGACUUAAAUGAUGCCACGGUGGUGUGCCAGCAGCUGGGCUGUGGGAGGGCUGAGUCAGCCUUCCUGGGGGCUCACUUUGGGCAAGGCUCAGGACCCAUCUGGCUGGAUGACGUGAGCUGUGUUGGGACUGAAGAUGCCCUCUCCCAGUGCAGAGCCCGCCCGUGGGGACAAAAUAACUGCAACCAUAGAGAAGAUGCUGGUGUGGUGUGCUCAGACCCACGCUCUUCAAGCACAGCUGACCUGCGGCUGGUGAAUGGCCCAAAUCCCUGCUCUGGGAGGGUGGAGGUGUUUCAUGACCAGCAGUGGGGGACCGUGUGUGAUGACAGCUGGGAUCUGAAUGAUGCCAAGGUGGUGUGCAAGCAGCUGGGCUGUGGCACAGCGAUCUCAGCUCCCAGUCGGGCUUACUUUGGUCAAGGACAAGACCCCAUCUGGCUGGAUAGAGUGGCCUGCAUAGGGACAGAAACUGCUCUCUCCGAAUGCCGGACAAAGCCAUGGGGACAGCAUAGUUGCAGUCAUGUGGAAGAUGCCAGCGUGGUGUGCUCAGAUUCAGUUACUACUAAUGUGACAACUCUCCGACUGGUGAAUGGCCCACAUCGUUGCGCUGGGAGAGUCGAGAUAUUUCACAACCAGCAGUGGGGAACUGUGUGUGAUGACGGCUGGAACCUAAAUGAUGCCACGGUGGUGUGCCGGCAGCUGGGCUGUGGGAGGGCUGAGUCAGCCUUCCUGGGGGCUCACUUUGGGCAAGGCUCAGGACCCAUCUGGCUGGAUGACGUGAGCUGUGUUGGGACUGAAGAUGCCCUCUCCCAGUGCAGAGCCCGCCCGUGGGGACAAAAUAACUGCAACCAUAGAGAAGAUGCUGGUGUGGUGUGCUCAGACUCAAAUGUCACAGUAGAAGCACAGGUCCGCCUGGUGAAAGGCCCGAACCGCUGUGCUGGGAGAGUGGAGGUGCUUCACAACCAGCAGUGGGGCACUGUGUGUGAUGACAACUGGGAUUUAAAGAGUGCCAAGGUGGUGUGCAAGCAGCUGGGCUGUGGGACAGCUGUAUCAGCCCCCAGUGGGGCUCACUUUGGACAAGGGUCUGACCCCAUCUGGCUAGAUGAUGUGGACUGCAAAGGUACCGAAGCCAGUCUCUCCCAGUGCCACCUGAAAGGCUGGGGACUCCACAACUGCAACCAUGAGGAAGACGCUGGAGUUGUGUGCUCGGGUACCUACCCCUUGCAGCUGAGGGUAAAGGAUGGCCCAGGCCCCUGCGCAGGGCGUGUGGAGGUGCUGUACAAUGCUACGUGGCAUAGUGUAUGUGAUACCAGUUGGAGCUUGCUGGAAGCGGAGGUGGUCUGCAGGCAGCUGGGCUGUGGGCCAGCACAGUCUGCACCCAUCGGAGCUCAGUUCGGCCAGGAGAACAGCCGUCACUUACUGGAAGGGCUAAACUGCAGGGGCACAGAGUCAUUCCUCUUGGAGUGCCAGCAGAGCAACACGGGUCUGGGGCUGUGCAGGCAUGGCUCUGCAGCUGGCGUGGUGUGUACUGAGCCAAAAGGCUCUUCACAGUCCUGCUCCGUGCUGAUAGCACUGCUUGCCCUAACAAUGAUGCUAAGCGGGGUCCUGCUGUGGCUGUACCUGAAGAGAAGGUGUAUUAGAACAGCAGGCCAAGCUUCAGAUCAUGGGCACAGGAUGGACCUGGGUACUUCAGUGAUGCCCUUCCAUUCUGUGGGAGCCAUCUACCUGCCUGCGAAGACCGAGUCCCACGAGGAUCCCAACGACGAGAUGGCUCAACUCAUGAAGGAAGACGUUGCCCUGUGAUACCAGUAUGAUUCCUGGGCAGAGUAGUCCCUGUGGUACUGCCAGCCUACAUUUUCACCGUCACAGCAAAGCCCAUUCCUCAGAGAUUGCAGGGGCCUCUCACUCCCCCUUUUUCCCAUGCACCUGUGCUUCAGUGCAAGUCUCAGCUCCUUAGGGAGCGCCCUCUUCCCCCCUAGUGCCUGUAGACCUGCAACAUGGCAGGAACUAGGUUUAAUGUAGCAGGAAGCCCUAACGUGGAAGGAUGCUGAAAUGCUCUCCAAGAGACUGCAGAACAGCAGCUGUAAGGGCUGCACAUUUAUAAACCAGCCAAUACCAAUGACUUACACUCAAAAGCCCUGAAAUAGCUGGCUAUGGUGAUCCCAGUUUUCUGAUGUUUACUUAAUCCACUCUGGGCCCCUCUGUGCAGCUCCAAGUCAAAAGAAGGCUGAGGGUAUGCUGGCAUGUGCAAGACUGAGCAGGAGAGCCUGAACAAUGUAGCAGAAAAGUUAACAAAAACAGCAAACAAAUUAAAGGAGGAGAGCGUCCCCAAA